ACAAAGUAGCAACCAAUCGCGAGGAGGGCAGCCGAGGAGAGGAGGAGAGCGCCUCUAGUCCCUCCCCGGGCCGCUAAGGGCUGAGAGGGGAGCCGGUGUGCUAAAUGUUCUCGCCUCAGAGGGACAAUGGUGGAGGCUUGCUAAACAUGGCGGCGCUCUCCGAGGAUGGGAGGUACGGAUUAAAUUGUGGCCAACACAGCACAGGCAGAGUUACCGUCCUGCACGUCAAAUUGACCGAAACGGCACUGAGGGCGAUCGAGAGUUACCAAAAUUGCAAGGAUGUAUCCUCUUUGCAGCCGACCAUACAAUUCAAGGGACUCCAAGGGCGCAUUAAAAUACCCCGGACAAAUUCUUCCUCUGAUGCCUCCCACAAUUUUGAUUUCUACCUGUCUAAUGUCGGCAAAGACAACCCUCAGGGAAGCUUUGAUUGCAUCCAUCAAUAUGUUUCAAGCUCAGGGGCCUCUCAGCUGGCGUUAUUGGCGACGGUGCAGGACAAGGUCACAAUAUGCGCAACGAGUGACUCCUACCAGGUGACCCGGGAGCGCAUGACCCAGGCUGUGGAGGACACGCGCGAACGUGGGACCAAAGUCAUCAAACCCGGCGGCCAGUACAGAGGGAAGCAAGUCCAUGUCCGUAAACCAGCGCUAUCCACCCCCGAGGUGGUCCCGGAGCGCAAGCGAUCAACACCCAUCAACCCAGCCAACACGAUCCGCAAGUGCCUUUCCAACAACCCGGUCUCCCAGCGGUCUUUCCGGGACCGCAUCGUUCACCUUUUGGCGCUCAGGUCCUAUAAGAAGCUGGAAGUGCUCGCCCGUUUGCAGCGGGACGGCAUCAACCAGAAGGACCGGAACUCCUUGGGGACCACCCUGCAACAGGUGGCAAACCUUAACCCCAAAGACAACACGUAUUCGCUGAAGGACUUUGUUUUCCGCGACGUCCGGAGAGACUGGCCUGGCUACUCGGAAGAUGAGAAGAUCCAGUUGGAGCGCAUCCUGACUCGCAAACUAGGUCUUUCCUCUGAGGCGCCCUCCUCAAACGCUUCUCCCAAAGACAGUUUACCUUCAUCUCCUCGGAAGCGCCAGCCGGAUUUUGACUUUAUAGAUCCUUUGGCGCCAAAGAAAGCCCGCAUCUCUCAUCUCAGCAAUCGCGGGCCGGCCACAUCUUUAUCGUCGUCGGAGCGCCGCGAGGAUGACGAAAGCUCUGGCGCGAAAUGCUCUUCUCUGCCCUCCGCUGUCAUCUUGGGCCCUCCAAGCCAUCUCCCGAUUCCCUCUCACCCUCCGGCGCCCUCUCACCAACAGCCUAGCCCAGCCUCCAGCUCCAACUCCCCCAGCACGCCGGAGGGCUGCGGCACCCAGGACCUGCCCGUGGACCAGAGUUCCUCCUGCAGGGAACCUUCGCCGAGUUCCUCGUCAUCCGAUCGAGCCUCGCUGCAGCGCUAUCAGCCCCCGAUCCCGCCGGCCGCGCCGCCCGCCUCGCCGGGCCCUCCUCCGCCCUGUACCUCGCUCACUGUAACCUCCACUGUGAUCAGCUGCCCUCCCCUGCCCACCGGUGACGACAAGAAGUUCAAGAAGAAGUCCAAAAAGCACAAAGACAGGGAUCGGCAGCGGGACAAAGGGAAAUGGACAGAAAGGGCUUGCAACAGUUCUCCGAGUGUAGUCGAGCAGGCUAAGGAGAGUCAGAAAUCUAAAAAGAGGCAGAAUGCUGACGACGACGGGAGAGAAGCUCCGGACAAGAAUCCUCACACGUAUCAAGACUCCCCCGAAAAAGAGAAGAAUCCGCGCCAAUCUACUGUAUUCUCAUCCACCAUCGAGGCGCCCGACUAUGAAAUAAAAUACACAGCACUGGUGUCCACGGAGCAGAGACAGCACUACAAGGACGACUUCAAUGCCGAGUACGACGAGUACCGCUCGCUGCACGCCCGCGUGGAGAAGAUCACGCGCCGCUUCACACAGCUGGAUUCCAAGUGCCGCAAGCUGCCACCGGGCACCAAAGAGUACCAGAAGGUGCAAGAAGAAGUCUUGAAAGAGUACAAAAAGAUGAAACAACACAGCCCCAACUACCACGGGGACAAGCAGCGCUGCGAGUACCUGCACAACAAGCUGGCGCACAUCAAGCGGCUGAUAGCGGAUUUUGACCAGCGACGAGCCCAACCUUGGUGCUGAGAGUCCUCUCGCCACAUCACUGAUCAGUAUUGUGAAUGGAGUGUCCAACCAGGACAGGGGAGGGGUCCAACUGGCUCUUAUUUAUUACCGCCCCCCCACGGUUGGUGUCGGUUUCUCCUUUGCUUUUAUUUGCCCUUAUCCCAAAGUCCUCCUUUCAUUCCUUUCCAACCUUUGAUUCCACAGGCUGUGUUGUGGCCUGAAAUGUUCUGAAUCCCACUUUAGCCCCUCAGUUUUGGGCACCCCGUUUUUUUUUGGAGGGGGAGGGGUCCCUUUUCACUCUCACAGGCCCUGUGGAGUAUUUCCACAAGUAGGGGCUGCAUGAAGAGCAAGUGGGUUUUGGUGGACGAGUGAUCUCUUCUUUCCUUUCGAAGGACUUUAUCUCGCAUAAAUUAGAAGUAUUUUUGAGUUUAAGAGAAACUAUUGACUUGUAUUUAAGAUAAAGAAAAUACGAUCUAUUUAUUUUGGGACUUGUAGUGCAAAAGAGUCCGCAGAUGAUUUAACUUUUGGUAAACGAUGCAAAAACAAAACAAGUAAUGGGCCUUAUGUGUUUUGACAUUGUGAAGCCAUUUUGCACAUAAUACAGAUCCAGAUAUCAUCUCUUGGCAAAAAAAAAUCUCCCCCCCUCCUGCCUCACUGCUGACGCGGGGCCAAGUGCGAGAACCAACUGCGAGGAUGCUAGAAGGGGAAAUGAGUGAGCUGAUGUCUUUAUUGGAUUGUAAACCGUUCUAAUGGCCAUGUGGGGUGUUGAGAAAGAACUUCAUGGUAAAGACAUCCUAGGGGGCAGUACCCCCCCCCCCCUGCCCGCACCAACAGUGUUGUCAAUGGUGCAUGAUGGGUGCCUUAGGGUGGUUAUACUCAGUGUUCCUUCACCCCUUUGGUACGGAGUCUCUACUAAGGAACUAUAACUGCCUGGCAAAAGGCUGUGGAUGGAUGUGCGUGUGUGUGUGACAGAAGCAGAAAAAGAAGGGAUGUGAAGCCUGGAAGGUGUGUUACAAGCUGCACGAGUGCGCGUUUGAAUGAUUGAGAAAAACAAAACAAAAAAAAUGUGAAAACUGAAAAUGAGAAGGGGGAGGGGGGGGAGGAAAAAAAAGCUGCUACCGUGUUUGACCAGCCAGAGCACUCGGGAUCAAUCUGGCUGGAGUAACAAAUGAGACAUUUGUCGGUUCUGACUUGCCUCUUGCGCUUUGCGGAUGGGCUCCUUCGCCAAGGUCAUCCACCAGAGGACAAGCAUGUAUUAGCAGGUCAAAUGUAGUUUUGAUCGCUUUGAGUUCUGCCGAGAAUUGAUGCUUCAUAGUGGUGUUCAAUGAAUGCAUUCUGUGAAAUACGAAAAUAUAUUUUUGAGUCUUUGUUAACAAGGGAACGUUUACAAAACCUGUGUUUGAAUCUCGGUCAUUAAAUAUACUUUUCUGAUUCACCCGCCUGGAGUAGAAUUUCUGAUUGGGAAAUGGCGGGUGAGGUUAUUUGGCCACUGGCAGGGGCACCGUCAUGAAAUUUUCCCUUUGGUCCACGCCGCUUCAGUGCUACAAAUUGAAAAUGAUCUUUUCUAGGGUCCCUGUCAGUCAAUUGUCAUCGCUUUCCUCCACAGAUGGUGAGAGAAACUCAAAUCACUCUGCUCUUAAAACUGACACCAAGUCGUAAUCGAGGUUAUUAACCAAGGACAGGACGAGUCAGAUAAAUUGAAAUUCAUUCCAUUUCUUGAAAAAUGCCUUUUGGUUGGCGGUCGAAAUUCACAAAUUCCUUGUUGAUGAGACCAAAUCACCACUUUUAUGUUUGAGGUGUCGCAGCGGGCGUGGUGUUUUCAUUCUACUGGGUCCACCUGAAACUAUGCAGAAUGCAAAGGCUUUUACAUUCUGUACGUUUUGUACACUUAUGUCAACCUCAGCAACCAAAGAGAUGCUUUCAUUAAAAAAAUGGGAGCUUGAAAUGUUCUCGUGACCUCUUGUUUGAAGGGGAUUCAAGUCUUACAUGAAAUACCAGGAUUAAGAAAUGCCCUGGCACUAUUCAGCCAUGGUUUGAAAGAAAAAAAAAGAAAAUCAAGUGAAUUUUGGAUGAAAUCUAUCCUGCCCAACUGAAAAUAUAAGACAUUUCAAUAAAAUCCACUUGGUUU